AUGAGCGAAAAAUCAGAACUUGAAACUUUUUAUUUCGCUCAGAGCUUAGAACCACAAUUUCUUAAAUACAACGAAAUAUUAUCUGCAUAUUCUCUUUUUAUCAAGCUAAAUUCGGAAAAAAAUCAAGGAAUCAAUCAAACAUCUAAACUCAUCAAAGGAGACUUAGAAGUUUCACAAUCAUCAAAUAAUCCUUGGACUUCUCUCGAAUUAGAAUCACUAAUACAAGGCAUAAAUAUAUAUGGUAUUGGAAAUUGGGGUUCAAUACGUAAAACUUUUCGCGAAAUUUUUAAUGAAAACCAACGAACUCGUGAUGAUCUAGCCAACAAAUGGUAUUCUCUCAUCAGAAAAUCAAAAUAUAAAAGAUUGGAUAUCAAUGAAAUGGCGAAAGGCAUUGAUUAA